AUGAGGGUGUUUCCUAGGUUCAAGUUUGUGUCAAGAGCAGUGCACGAGGAACAAGAGGGUGAGCAUGAGGGGAAGAGAAAUAAUUACCCUUUAACGGAAGGAAGCUUGUGCACGUCCUUAACGCUAACAGUUUGGAAAAAAUCCCUUGUGAUUAGUUGUAAAGGGUUCACGGUGAUUGAUUCAUAUGGAAACCUGGCUUAUAGGGUUGACAAUUACAUCUUGCACCCCAACGAAGUCAUUCUUAUGGACGCUACAGGAAACACUGUCCUCACCCUGCGCCGCUCCAGGAAGCUGGGAUUAGUAGAUAGCUGGUUUGUGUAUGAAGGGGAAAUGGGGAAGCAGGGUGGGAGGAGUAAGUCGUGUAAAUCGAAGGAGAGUCCGGUUUGUUGUGUAAGGAAGCGUGUGAAUAUUUUAGACGGCAAAGGCAAGGUUCAGGCCUACGUUUAUCGCGUAGCCUCGGAUUCAGAUAAACGACAUGCGGCGUUUACAGUUGAAGGCUCCUAUGCACAUAGGACAUGUAAAGUGUUCGAUGAGUACAAGAAGACCGUGGCUGAAAUCAAGAGAAAGGAGGCCAAUAGCAAAGACGUCUCUUUCGGGAUAGAGAUUUUUCAGUUGGUUGUUCACCCUGGAUUUGAUCCUAGCUUUGCCAUGGCACUCGUUUUACUACUGGAUCAAAUGUUUUCAUAG